UUUUUCACAGUCUGCACGCGGAGAGAGACACAGUCACCCAAGGUCAUCAAACCAAACCCAAAACUCAAAAAACUAUAAAACUAUUUGAUCGUUUCUGAAUAUGUUGCAGACCACUUGCUAACGUUUCCAACACUUCGAUCUCUCAUAUUCACACUCCAUUUAUAUCUUUCUCUUUCAUUUUUUGGGUUUGUUUGCACUUUGCACAGAGAGAGAGAGAGAGAGAGAGGAAUCGAGUUUGUGGGAUUUGGAGAUAAAACGAUGGCUGCACCACCAGCAAAGGCUCGUGCUGACUACGAUUACCUCAUCAAGCUUCUCCUUAUUGGCGACAGUGGUGUGGGCAAGAGUUGUUUGCUUUUGCGCUUUUCUGAUGGUUCCUUCACAACCAGUUUUAUUACCACCAUUGGCAUAGAUUUUAAGAUAAGAACCAUUGAGCUUGAUGGCAAACGAAUUAAAUUGCAAAUCUGGGAUACAGCUGGUCAGGAGCGGUUUCGAACUAUCACAACAGCUUACUACCGAGGAGCCAUGGGUAUUUUGCUGGUGUAUGAUGUUACUGAUGAGUCAUCUUUUAACAACAUUAAGAACUGGAUUCGCAACAUUGAACAACAUGCAUCUGACAAUGUUAACAAGAUACUGGUGGGAAAUAAGGCUGACAUGGAUGAAAGCAAAAGGGCUGUGCCUACCUCUAAGGGUCAGGCUCUUGCUGAUGAGUAUGGCAUCAAGUUCUUUGAAACUAGUGCAAAGACAAAUUUGAAUGUGGAGGAGGUUUUCUUUUCAAUAGCAAGGGAUAUUAAGCGAAGGCUUGCAGAAACUGAUUCCAAAGUUGAGCCUCAAACUCUCAAGAUUAACAAGCCAGACCAGACACAGAAUGGUGGUCAAGCUACACAGAAGUCAAGUUGCUGUGGUUCAUAACGAAGAAUAUUGGGAAUUUUCUGAUAGUGGCACUCAUUUAGGUGUAUUAGCGAUUCUGAUGACAUUAUGUAGGGUUCGUGUAUCUGUCCUGUUAUUUUUCUAAUGUACCAACCUGUGUGGGUGUGUGUGUAUUUUUUUCACUGAAGUGGAGUCCAAAAUAUGCCAUGCUAAAAAGAAAAAUGUUGUUUUGCCACAAGAGUAGUGUUCUUUAUCUGAAGAGGAGGAUGUAAUGGCAGUAUAUUUAUUCAUACUCCCUCUUAGAAUAUUACUUCUUUUUAAGUAAAAUUCAUCAAGAAACUUAUAAACAAGUCCAAGUAAAACUGAACUUGCAA